GGUUCUCUUGUCAUCAAUCACCUUCUUUGAGCAGAAAAACCCUAGCUAUCCUUGUCUUUGCUCCGAUCUAUUACCUGUUUUUCUCCGCAGCUGAUAAUCAUGAUGAAAUUGAAGACCCCCAAGAAAGGAAAAACUAGGAGAGAGCUUGAGAAACGCGCUCCUAAACUCGUUGAGACAGGGAAGAAGACUUUGAUACUUCAUGGUUCAAAGACUAGUGGAGUAUUGAAUUCUGUGUUGACUCAAAUUUAUCAUCUGAAGAAGGAAAGUUCAGUGAGGUUUAGCCGCAAGAAUGGAGAAGUUAGGCCAUUUGAAAGCGGUGGUGAAACUGCACUGGAGUUUUUCUCUCAGAAAACUGACUGCAGCAUGUUUGUGUUUGGUUCUCACUCAAAGAAGCGACCUGACAAUCUUGUACUCGGGAGAUUUUAUGAUCACCACAUAUAUGAUCUUAUAGAGGUUGGGGUUGAAAAUUUCAAGCCCAUGGAAUCAUUUAAAUAUGAUGCAAAACUAGCUCCAAAAGCAGGGUCGAAACCUUUUAUUGCUUUUAUCGGAGAAGGAUUUGACAGCGUUGAGGAGUUGAGACAUUUAAAGGAAGUAUUGCUUGAUUUAUUACGAGGAGAGGUUAUUGAAAACAUAAAUAUUGCUGGAAUAGACCGUGCAUAUGUAUGUACAGCUACAUCGUCAAAUAAAGUAUUUCUUACUCACUGUGCACUACGGCUAAAAAAAUCUGGGACAGUGGUACCAAGAAUGGAACUGGUAGAAAUUGGCCCAUCCAUGGAUUUAGUAGUUCGUCGACAUCGUCUACCUAAUGAAGGCCUUAAAAAAGAAGCUAUGAGAACACUCAAAGACCAGGCUAAGAAGAAGGUUAAGAAUGUUAGCCAAGAUAUUAUUGACGGAAGGAUUGGAAAAGUAUACAUUCCAGAUCAGAAGGUUGGGGAGACGGCUUUACCUUACAAAGCAAAGGGAGUGAAGAGAGAACGCCGUGAAGCUAAAUCGAAAAAUGCUGAGGAGAGGGAGCAAGCUUCAAAAAAGCAAAAGGAAGAUUCUACACUUGAAUAGAGGCCAAAUGGAGAAAGAGAUCAAAUGUUAAUCAAUAGAUAACAUCAUAACUUACCCAAGUUUUUCAGUAAUAUUUGUUUGUAACCACCUAUUUUCACUGAUGGUGGUCAAGGAUUAGUCUUUCUUUCAUUUUUGAAACUCCCCUAUGCUUUGCUGUGUAACAUAUUCAAUUUUGGCAUCUAUUGAAAGCAGAUCAUCUCAUUGUUGAGCUAA